AUGAGAAAGUUCUUCCAGCUUCCGAAGCACAAAAUCUCCAUCUGGGUUAGUAAGAAAUUUUCCUCUAGUGAAGAGCUGCAGUGGGCUAGAAUUGCUGAGGAGGACGAAGAUGAGGAUGAAGUGGAUCAAAAAGGCUUUGAAGAAGUAGACGAGAAUAAGAAGAAGACAGAGGGAGAGGAAUUGUAUUGUAUAAUGUGUGGGAAGAAGUUUAAGAGUGAGAAACAAUGGAAGAAUCAUGAGCAGUUGAAGAAACAUCACGACAAGGUUGAUAAGUUUGGGGAUUCCAUUGAGGAUGAAGACAUUGUGGAGGUUGAAGGUGGGGAGGAGAAGAUCGCAAAGGAAUUGGAAGAGAAGAGAGAUGAGAGGGAAAUUAAAAGGAAAAUUAAUGAGGAUGAUGAGGAUAGCAUGUGUAGUGACAUGGAGGACUUGGCACUCUUCACAAAGAAGUACAAAAAGUUCAUGAAAUUCAAGAAGAACUUUGAGAAGAAGCCACAUAGAGGAAAUGACUCAAAGGAAAGGAAAAGCAAAGAUGAUCCACCGAUUUGCUUUGAAUGCAAGAAGCCCGGCCACAUGAAGAUGGAUUGCCCAAUGAGAAAGAAAAAUAAAUACAAAGGAAGGGAAAUGUUGGCGGAUUGGCUCAAUAGUGAUGAGAAGGACUCUGCAAUGAGGAGAAGAAUGAAGUAG